UUUUGGUAAUCCUGCAUUUACAUAAUCCAUUUUAAAAUGAAAAUCUUUAGUCUUUGAAUAUAUCAGGCGAUUUGAUAAAAUAUGUUUUACUAUUCAUACAUUCAUUUAAUUACCUUUUAAAUCUUUACCCCCUUUUGAAAGUCAGCUAUUUUGCUUCGCCUGUUGCCAACAAGCCUGGAUAGCUAGGAUUUAAAAUAAGCGAGGGUAAACAGUGAUUUUUAUACAACUGCGCGACAUUUUACUUGCUACAAUUACAAGCAUAGCUAGUUAGGGUAACAAUCUUAUUUUCUGAGGUUUGAGAAUAGUGCAACGUUCGCUUUGGUAUCUUAAUGAACAAGUCCUAAUGUUAGCUAACGUUACUUACUGAUAGCAAACUCACCAAACCAAACCCACUAACUAGCAAGCUAGGUGUUGUUGUUUUAGCCAAAUAUAGCUAGCGAAAUUUGACUUUGCUGUAGACUCGAAAUAUCCUCUCAAUGACCGACGACUGGAAAGGACUGUUUGAGAGAGGACGGGUGAUUCCUCCACACAGCCAGACUGUUCGACAGGCACAGGACUCAUCCCACACCCAUUCUCAAGGCUUCCAAAUCAUCCUGAAGCAUCUUGAUGGACCUCACAUUCAACGGGAGAAGGAAGGGGAGUCAGAAGGGAGUCGAAAGAGGGGACCAGUCAAGUACCAGCUGAGUGUUUCCCUGUUUGAUACCAGCCACCAGCACUUCUUCGGGAGAACGUGGAAGAGCCCGCCCCAACAGAUGAGUGGUCUCCACAGGGCAAUGUUUAAUGAGGUGGUGUACCUCCACACCUCUCUGCGUCUGCCAAGCGUGGUGGCCGUGGUGGAGCUGGUGGCGUUACAGCCCAGGGCAGACGGCUCCCAGCAUGCACUGGGGUGCGGCUUCACCAUCCUGCACCUCUUUUCCAGCAUGACAGGACCUCAGGCCACCGAGGGGGACAGAAGGCUAAGUUUGUACCACGGAACACCAAGGACCCUACUCCAUCCACUAGUGAGGGACCCUAUAGAGCAGAACAAGCUGUUGACGCCCAUCGAUGGUGCUCAUUUGGUGUGCAGCUUGAAGCCUCACCCUGCUCUAGCCCCUGCCAUGCACCUCUUUCCCCAGAACAUGCUGGUGUCUGGAGAUGAGAACAUCCCUGGGGUUACGCCCUCCCCUACUGGAGAUUCCCUGUUGAAGCCCCACAUGGUGAAGAGCCUCACCUGCUUCCUGGACAGGCUGUCCAUCUCUCUGCAUCCCUCCCUGGAGAAGUUUGAGAGCCAGCUGCUGCAGCAUGUCAGCAUGGACUGCCACAACACGAAACACUCGGGUCCGGAGAGCUCAGCGGUGGUGGUCAUCCAGGAGCGGAGGCUCCACGUGGGGGUCCACAACGGCUGGGGCUUCUUGGAGCGCCCCCAGGUGGUGGUGCUGGAGACAACCGAGGCCACCGAUUGGAGCAGGGGACGUACCAGAGGGGGCACAUCCCGACAAGGCACACUGACCAGAGACUGCAGCUCCAGUCCUAGUCAGAGCCUGGCUCUACGUAGCAGUCUGGAGCUCAAGCUGCCCAGUCACCAGGCUGUGGGGAUCGCCCUCCAGCUUGAGUAUGUCUUCUCCUCGCCGCUCAUCGGUGACGGAAAGCUCUCCUCGACCUCCACAAUCUCCCGGACAGCCUUCAUGCAGUGCCUGCGCUGGGGGAUGUGGUGCCCCUUCCAGGAGUGGGGUGCCCUGAGGGCCGAAGAAGUGAAGCUUAGUCUGCAGGGCGGCUCUACGCCCAACCCCUAUGGAGUCAUGGCCUAUACCUCUUCCUCCAACAGCCAAAGUCCUGCCCAGGUGGUCGAUGAGAGGGACAUGGUCAGGUUCCGUCUGUCUUCCAGCUCAGUGCAGAAGGCCUCGUCCAGCACAGCCGUGUCUCUGAGGAGGAGCAGGACAGGACAGGAGGAAAUGGCAGCACAGCAGAGGAAACCUCCCUCACCAGGUCMAAGUCGGCGUGCCUCUCAAGCAUCUCCUCCGGGAUCGCCACAAGGCCCAGGGCUCUCUAUGUCUCAGCUGGCAGCUACUUCACGCUACCCGACCAUGAGCCACUCCACUGCCGUGUCGCCAUGGCAACAGCCGUUUUCCUCUCAGCUCUAUCCUUCCCCAUUGGCAUCGGCCCACCAGCUGUCACAUGUCGUAAGAUUCCACCCCCAACAGGAUGUCAUCUCCCUGAGGAGGAUGAGCUAA